UAUGUUACCAGAUGCUGCAUGGAUUUACCUCCAAGCCAGGAAAUAGGUAGAUGACAAGAACAUCUGUAAUGAAUAGAGUUGUACAUUCAUCACAUUCACUCUGUGACAUUUAAAGGGAAUCUAAAAAAAUUUUUAACACAAUGGCGAAUUCUCUUAAAUCUAAGAUUGAUAGACUAUUUGCGGCUUAUAAAAAGCGGAUUGUAGAAAAUCCUCAGCUGGUAUCGGAAGUUGAAGUUGCGGUCAAAUGGUUGUCUUACUUCAGUGUUGGACAUUUUAAUAAUUCAAAUUUGGCCUUGGAAAUUAUUUAUUCCAUGCCAAAUUUAAUUAUGUUAUCCAAUGAUAUGCUUAUGUAUCAUAGCAGUAGCCCGCAUCCAAAAAUACCACAGUAUGAAUCAAAAGUUAAAAUUUGGUUGACUGUGCUAGAAUAUACACAGACUUUAUUAGAGGUAACAGGCAAAAAGUUAGGAGGAGAAAUGGGAAGAUGGAUAAUUAUUGCAGUUGUACAGUUUUCCAAAGCUAUAUUGCGACUUUUAUUGAUUUAUGUAUAUAAGGAACGUAUAACAAAGAAUCCUUCAGUGCCACCACUUAACAGAAAAAUCUUUAAUAAAGCCAGUGGUAACUUACAAUCAAAGGAAGGAUUUAGGUUAAAAAGAUCUGGUGUUGUAGUUAGAGCUAUAAAAUAUGCAGAACCUGUACAAUUACGGACCUGGAAAGCUCUGCCUUCUGAUACAGAUGAGAAUCAAAACUUUAGUAAAAACUAUUUGUCUGAUAUAAAUCUUAAGCUAGCUGAGAGUCUUUAUGUGAUAAAACCAUUGAUUUAUCUUGGAUGUAUAUCUGUUACUAGUCAACAUCAUUGGCAACCAUGGAUAUUAUCACUUCUUGUUGAUUCAACUAGCUUAUAUACCUUUGCGCGUUGCUCUCAGAGUACAGUAUUUAGCAAAGAGGAGAAUGUUGAACUUAUAAGUCGAAAGAUAAGUUUGCUGUUAUACAUCCUGAAAUCGCCGUUUUACGAGAAGUAUGGCCGUGCCAAGAUAAAUGCGUUGCUCGACAGGAUAUCUGCCUCUGUGCCUCUCACUAAUUUAUUAGUGAAUUCUCUUAAGAGAAACUUGGAGUAUAUUAAUAGUAUGUAUUUUUAUACGUCGUAAAUAAUCCUAUUACAAGUGAGCUUUGUACAUUUGGGACUUACAAAGUGAUCUCAGUGCGCGAUUACAAAAAGUGCUAACAUAAUCCUGUACAUUCCUAAUACACAAAUAAUGGCAAAGGUAACGUAUAUAAAAAUCAAUGUAAUAUUUUUAUAUCUUGUAUUAUAUCUUUGAAGGUGGAGAAAAUUCAAUACUUUAUUGUUUAUUAUUAUUACUAUUAUUCUCUUAAGUUUUAGAAAUAAAUUAUGUGAA